AUGUGGGUCAAGGCAAAACUCCUCAUAAGCUUGCUGGGCCUACUUUAUAUACAAGCGAAACGGAAUUUCGUACAGCAGAUAAGCGAACUGGAAUCAGCCGAGUGGGAUGGCCCUGUCUUGCACGAAGUUUUCUACCGCAAUAUAAUCGAGCUACCCUGUGCAGCGUCAAAUAGGGUGCAGCAAAAGGUCAAUCAGUUGCUUCGUAAUUCAAAACGGCAUCAAUUUCACAUACGAUGGGUGCACAACAGAUGGGACAAUGUUGUAGACCCUUGGGGAGGGGAUGGUAGGCGAGUGUAUAUGGAAUAUAAUUUAGAAUCAAUUCCACAACACAUGCUCCAGGAAGAUUACACAAUCUCUUCAGUUGUUACCGGAGGUAUGCUGUCUAUUGCCGAAGUUAAACCGACUGACAAUGGCGUUUACGCAUGUCUGGUUACGUUUUCCGAUCAGAAUUGGCGUCACGUGAACCUAGAUGCUUCGAUUGUGAUCAGUGCCCAUAUCCUAAGGGUCAAAUAUCCUCAUGUUGAGGGGAAGAUGGGACACAUUCUUGAUCCGAUGUACGCGUGGACCUGGAAUUUUUACCACGAAGCCGAUGCAGCAUCGAGGGAAUUCUCAUGUUCGUUCUCCUUUACCUGA